AUGGGGGAGCUUUUAAAAGACAGACCCCCAGGGAGGGGACUCUCAGAAGUGUGCACUGUUCGGGGCAGGGCAGGAGGGGGGAGGGGAGUGCAGAGGUAGAGAGAGACAGAGCGGGAGAGGCUGUCGUUCUCGUCUGCAGUCUGCUCCAUCAUCUUCCUCCUCUUCUUCUUCUUCUUCCUCGUUGCCCCCCUCGUCGUCUCCUGGCGCUUCCCUGCUCCAGGAGUCGUGGUCAAAACCCUGUGAAAAACUGUGUCUUCCUGUCUUGUGUUCUUCUGGGAUAUUUGUUAUUUUUUCCGCCUACCAGUCGUUCUCCUCGAGCUCCUGCUCUGGGCUGUCUUCUUGUUUGUUUUACUUUGCGGAGAUGAGUGACGGCGGGCUCUCCAUUGUCUCCAUCCCGAGCGGCGUGAAGAAGGUCAUCCAGGACAUCAAGGAGAUUUCGAGGAGCCACUCCGACGAGGAAAUAUAUGCAAUGCUCAGGGAGUGCUCUAUGGACCCCAAUGAGACCGUCCAGAGGCUCCUUUCGCAAGGUAUCUAUGCGAUCCCCUCCCUCAUAAUCGAAUUGCUAAGUUUUCAUGGCACUUCAGUUUUUGUUGUUUUUCAAUGGUAAUUAAGUGAUGUGGCUGUGGAAACUGUAUUGUGUUUGGAUGUCCUCUCAGCGGUAUUAGGCUUCACCGCCCUUCAGGUCUUUGACCAAUUUUUGUUUUCUUUCCGUUUUAUCGGGCCAUUCUUAGUACUGGAACGAGGAUUCGAUUGUCCACGUAGUUUCUUUUCGGAUUUCAAUAAUUCGCUGAUUUGAUUCAGUUCCCGUUCAUUUUCCUCGGGAUAUUUUGUGAUGGAUUUGCGUUCAAUGGCAAUGAAAGGGUAGUUUUUUGUCAUUUUUCUGGGCUUUGUUUCGUAUGCAGCCCCGCUGCUCUCGUACUAACUAUUCGUGAAUCAUCAUGUAGAUGGGCUCUAGUGCAAUAGAUUUCGCUAUCCCAUUUAAAGAAUGGGUUUGUACGAAAUGGAUUUUGGAAUUUAUUCACAUCUAUCAAUAGAGGGAGCAAAAAACGGGCUUCUAAUGUCGAAUCAGGAUCAACUAGGACAGAAAUAAAGCAUUGGGUCGAACUCUUCUUUGGUGUCAAAUCCUUUAUCCCCAGUUCAAAUCUGGGUGUCCAAACGUCAGUCAUUUUUGAAUUGAAUAAAAAUACUCUUUGGCUUUGCUUUUUAGGUUUCUUACAUUACAUGACAGUAGGUAGCUCAUGGAUAUUCUUUAGUGGAAUCUAGUUCAUGGGUAUCAAUCGUGGUAAGCGAUGCAUCAGAAAAAUUGUACAUUUUUACUUUUUUCUAUGAAAAGCUGAAAGACGUGCAUCAAUAUUCAAAGUGUUGAAUUAAAUUUUAUUUUCUGGGAAUCUUAUUGAUGGUAUGCAUGCUGCUGAUUUGACGAUGAUGAUGUCAUUAUGGCUUGCUUUAUUCUACCCUCUUGCAUUCUCUGAUAUCUCUACCUUUUUUUGUCAAGGUUUCUCCGUAGUUUCAAUGCAUGCAUGCUUCACAUUUAUCCAAUAUUACUUACGAUAAAUAGUCUACAGAGAAUGACAUCCGACUCUUUCUUGGCAAAUAGUAUACUUGUGUCAGCCAACCACUUGAGGUGUGCGCAUCAGUUGGAGAAUGGAUGAACUUCAGUCAAAUGUUAUCAAUAAUUCUCUAACCAACGAAAUAUUUUAUUUAACUAUUAAUUUAAGCGUCUGGUUUCAGAUGCCUAACAUUUUUUUAAUCUUCAUUCCUUCAGGACUUUCAGUACCUGAGAAUAUGUAUGGUGUUCUCACAGACCUUGUAAAUACAUCAUACCUUUUAUCCUGGCGUUCUGUGCUAUCAUCCCUCAUUGCAAGUCAAUUUUUUGCCAUGGGUUCCCUUUUUCAGGAGAUUUCGUGUGUUCUUUGCAUAUGUUUAUGAUACAUCCUGAUACUGUUGAUAUAUAGGCUAAUCUUUAGAAGGAUCCAUGUCAAAAAUCCUUUUUUUAUAAAGACAUAUCUUUUGUGUUUAAGUUUUUUUAAUGAAUAAUCCUAACUUUUGAUGGACCGUAAGUGCAUAUAGUUGGUGCCUUUUCGUUUUAUAUUGUUAUUAACUAAAAACCUUCAGUCUCAACAUUUGGUGUAAUAAUUGUGAUGAGAGUGCAUUUCUUUGCAUGCAAUGAAAGGACUAUGCAUGAAGAACAUUUGAUUUUUCGUCUUAAAUUUCACCUAUUAUAUUAUUAACAAAUGUAUACUUCUGCAGACCCUUUUCAUGAGGUCAAGAGGAAGCGUGACAAGAAAAAGGAGGUAAAUAAUUUCGUCACCCAGUUUCUCAUUGUUUGUUCCUUCCUUGCGUCAUUGAAAUUAAGUUAUAGUCUUUUGGGACAUUUUUUUUACAGUAAUGCGGAAUAUCAAUCAUAGAUCACAUACAUAUAUUACUUCUAUUAUUUAGUUUUGUUCAUAUUUGUUCUUCAUCUUAUUCUAGUCAGAAGAUUUCCCUCCUUAAUAGUUUACUUAGAAACUAUUAAGUACAUGCUUUAUUCUAGACUAAGAGUUAUAGCAUGUGUGUGUACGUGUGUGCAUAGGUUUUUCCGAAGAUGCAUGAUUCAGUUCUCGAAGUUUACUUUUUGGUAUAUGAACUACAUUUUUAAUUCUAAACAAAAAAAAUAAAUCGUGGCAUGUUUUUUUUUAAGUUGCAUGAUCCAGCUCAUAAGUAUUUCCGUUUUGGCAUCUUAAUUACAUAUUUAGUUUGAGAAAAGUAAAAUGUUAUGUCAUGUGUGUAUGGGUUCAGUUGUAACACGCUCAGUUCCACUGGUUUCUAUGAGUCUAAAAUAUUUUUUUAGUUUUUCCUGCAAAAUAUAAAAAAAUUCUAAUAUGUUUUCGAUUUUUACCCGAGAUCUUUCUUGCUAGUGUUCAUUAAUUUACUAAUUUCCCCUUUCUUUUUUUUCUUAUUGGGGAACUUUUACUUUUAAGUGUUCAUGAAAAAUAAAUAAAAAGAAUUAUAUGUUGAGAAAUGGAGAUGGGGAUUGCAACAUUCAGUCAUUUUUAUCAUGUGUAGAGGCAAACGAAGAUAUGAUAUAUAACCCAACUGGAACUUAUUAUAUUUUUGGCCAAUGUACUCUGUAUCAGGUUAGUUGGAGUCUCUUGAUCUUCUCUAUCUGAACUGAUGUGAUGGUCAUAUCCAUUGGCCCGCUCAAUUGGAAACUCUGGAUAAAUACAAGACUUCUAGCCUGCAGAAUUGUGCAAUGUGGAUUAACAUCAGCAGUAGAAAAUUUUCUUUCAAGGAGGAACUUGAUCUUCUCUUAAAGUUUGUUGAAAGACAGUAGAGAAAACUGCCCCCAUAAUCGGAUUGAUGGACCAGUGCUGUCCUUUUUUGUUUCAUGGACGAGAAAUGUGGCGGAUUUAUUCUAGUUUUUAUGGGCCAGGGCAGUGAUGUUGCCUUGAAUUUAUACAAAAUGGGCGUUUUCUCUUUGUCCUCGUAGUCAAAAACCUGAAGAUUUAAUUUUAAAGGCAAAUGUACAAUCUUGUUAGUAAUGUAGAUGUGUCUGUUACUUAGCAGAUGCUCUCAGCUGAAAUAUGUGAAAUAAGAACUGAAUGAAGGUGUGGAACAUCUCUUCUUUCUAAAUAAGUUGUUGCUUCUUUAGAAGUUGGAGAAGAUCCGGGCUGCCCAGACUACAAACCAGAUAACAAAUGUGCCCAGUUUUGUCCUUUGUGUAGUUGAGGAGGAUAUGUUACCCGUCUAUCACUUGCUCCAUAAGUGAAAUCCAGAUAUACUUGAGCCGCAGUUCUCUUCAUAUAGAGCAAGACAUGUUUCCAAUGCAUCACAGAAACUGGGAAAGUUGAUUUACUGGUAGAAUUUUUGUAGGAGCUUUUGUCUAGUAUUCUCCCACACUUUUGUACGUUGAACUGCAUGGAUGUUUGCAGGUUUCAAAGUUCUUGGAGUAAAAACUGUUGUGGAAGAUAUUUAGAAUCUUUCUUUUUUCACCCAGAUAACAAUUUUUUCUCUUUAAGUUUUGGUUGGACUUUCCCAUUUUCUCCUCCCAAAAAAAUGUGUAUUUUUAUGUGAAAGUUUUACUGGUCCAAUAUUAUUAGAUGUCUGACUAUCAUUCUCUAAUAAACGUUAGCCUUGUAUGUCCCAUCAUGGUAGACCUUCAAAAAUCGUUUUAGAUUAUGUGUUAAUACGCCAAAUUUAAUGCUUCGGAAAUCCCCUACAUCAAGCAACUUUUUCCAUAAGUCGUGUCAUUUCCUUCGCUAUCAUUUGGGUUUUAUUCCUGGGAUGAUUUCUUCAACUUGAUGCUCAGAGUUUUCCUUAAGAUGUUUGUACCAGCUAUUUUUUGCUAUAUAGUUGAUUUUAAACGCAAGAAAGGGGUUUACAUUCCAAAUCUAAACAGUUGUAAUUCUCUAGCCAACGCAAGGUAAAAUUAUGUUGCCCUUGUUUGGUCGCAUGCAUCAAAUUUGCAUCAAAAUAUUAAUAAUUAUUUUCUUUCUUGCAGAAUUUGAACAGUAGAGAGCAAGUGGAUUCUCGAUGGAAACCACCAAUGCAUAGGCGAGAUCCUAGAACUGGGAGAGGAACUUAUUCAUCUCGCUACAUAUCACAUGGUAUGCCCUUUUAUGUUUUUCUAAUAAUAAGUGUUGCGCUGGUGUCCAUCACCUUCUUAGUUUUUCAAUGCAAUUUAUGUUGUUUGUUUUAGACAGCCUUUUUGGUGUGUUAAUGCUUUUGCCAUUAUUCUUUUAGUUGAUUGUUUUGCAAUAUCCAGCACUUCUCGACGUGGUGUUAUGCGUCCUGCUUAUGCUUGCCGUCAUCACUCAUCGUCCUCCUUCUUCUUCUUCUAGUGUUACGCCGCUAUCAUUUCAGUUGACUGUAUUUUUUUCUCCCAGAGUGGCUCAAAGAGUUUCUUUAUUUGGGUGUAUAAAUUUUUGUGCUCUCAUGGAAGAGUAUUCCAGAUGCUAUUGAUCUAACAUGAGUUUUUAUGCUUCAAUUUUAUUUUCUUAGAUGCUGGAGUUGGGAGAAGUAAUGUUGCUGGGAAAGAUAAUGUAAUUACACCAGUCUCUGGAAAGGACAUAAGAUCCGCUUCUUCUUCCUCUGGUUCACAGGAGAUGGAGGAUAAUUUAGGAGUUUCACAAUCAAGGUAUUACAAAAAAAAUUCUUUUUUUUUUGGUGCAUCAGAAAGUUAUCAUCAAUGUAGACUGAAGCCUAAUGGUUUUAGUUGCUGCCUAUGAAAAUAGAAUAAUUUGUUGUCGUUUCAUGCAAGACUUUUGCUGCAGGGACCCAAAUUACCUACACUAGACGCUAUUAGAACAUUUCUGGCUGUAUGUUUGUGUUUCAGAUGUCUUCAUUCAAACCACAAUCAUGUGACCAGAGUGUCACAAUGAAAUUUGAUGUCAACCACUGGGGGUCUCUAUUUGAAUCAUCUUACCAUGGAAAAAAAACCGAACUUUGUCCCACCGUUUCACACUGGUACCUCUGGUCAGUUAUUUUGUGGCAACAUUCAGGACGAACCGAUCAAACUAUAGAUCUUGUAGAGGACAUGACGCCUAUAGCUCACUGCUUAUCAAUUCAGCCUUCUGCUUUGAACACAACCUCUGCUUUCUGAGAUGUUUGUGUUGGGAUUACGUAUUUCGGAAGUUUUAAGCUUUGACAGUUUAAAUAGACAUUCUACUUGAUUAUGGGCUGUUUACAGAACCCCUCUCAGAUAGAUGGUUUUUAACAUCAGUGACAUUUGUUCUGGUCCACCUGCUUUCUCCUUUCUUUCACUUCUGGCAACUUCCUGCCUGUCUAUCUAAUUAUCAUUCCUUCAUUAUUUAAUAAUCCCAUUUUCAUUGCAAAUGUACUUGGGUCUUUUUGUGCUAAGUGCAUCUUAGUGUAUAUUUUUGCCGUCGCCGCUAAUCAUGCAAUGAGUAGUUUGUCAUUUAUAGUGCGUGAUACUUAAUUACAAGGAUUUUUGGACAUUUCUACAAUCAUAUUGUCUACUUCUAUUAUCGUCAUAGAUGAAUUAAUUGACUUACUGCCCUCGCCACUGAUCCGAUUGAUGGAUGUGCUCAUUGCCAGCUCUUUGUUUGGAUUCACCAACGGUUCAACAACAUCUGCACUUGUUGAUUCAUCCCAGGAAUUUGGAUUCCAGAUGUCUGAAGGUCAUGGUCUUCAUUUCAGUGAUGAGAAUUCAAUUGGUAGAACUGUACCUGGUGGAACACAUGCAGAAUCUGUUCAAACUACCAAUGGAUUUCCAUCAUCCAGAACUCUCUCUGGAGUAGACGCCUCUGCCUCCGAUCCGGUACUAGUGCAUUCUAUUGAUCGACGUGUCUCUGGCAUGGUGGGUGCUAUCCAACACACAGUUGGUAUCAACGUGGCCACAUCAGAUACAUAUGCUGGUUAUGAUAUGCCGUCAAAUGAAAGGGCAACAGAAAGAACCACCUUCGUUAGACAGGGGAACCUGCCAACUAAUUCUCAGGUUCUUGAUGCACCUCAAUCUUUAUCAAAUUCUCAGUUUGGCUCAUCAAGUAGUUGGGCCUCUUCAAACUAUGGCAGCAGGCCACAAGUCAUUGCUCCUCAGAAAGGUAAAGGAAGGAUUAGGGCAAUUCAUUAUAUGUUCCUAGACCAGCAUAUGCAUAAUGACUUUUUCUGAGUAUUUAUAGCUUUUCCUCCACAUGCACUUUCUUUUUUCUCUAUCAUAGUUUCUUUGAGAUUUUUUAGCUUGGGUCACAAAUUAUAGGGUGACUUGUGAUGAAUUUUUCUUCAUUAUCCACUUCACAUUCAUGUAUUUUCAGUAGAUUCUUAAAUUGCGAAUAGCAUUACGAAUCUGGUUGCAGUUUCUUUUCAGUGAGAUCUUGUGACAAGUUUCCAAUACUUGAGAAGGUCAUUAUUGGAGUUACUAUCAUUACUUAACUUUGAUAUUUGUCUGGAAAUUCUAACUGGCACGUCUUGAAAGAACUCUCACUCAGGAAAUUUUUAACAUUAGUAUAUUUAGCGCUAGCGAUCUGUCACUGCCCUACGGUUAUUUUGCAUCUCCUAUACUCAUAGACUGGGGGAAAUUGCAUCUCAUGACUUAACCAGGACUUACGUAUCAUUUGAAGGCUCUCACAAUCAGUUCCUUUUGUUGAUAAUGAGGGAAACAGCCAUCAGUACUUAGUGCACGAUUUUAUUUGAUGAUAUUUUUAUUCUGACGUGUUUUUGUGUUUCCAAUUUUUGUAGUAUCUGAUGAUGAAUACAUGCUGCAUUGCAAACACAUCUUUAAUUGCCUUAUUUUCAAGUAUUAAUUCGUUUUAUUCUUGAAUAUUUACUUGGACUUGCUAAGGAGUUUAUUUCUCUUUUCAUGUUUUCGGUUCUCAAUUUUAAAUAUUUAGUGUCAGGUUUAAUCAGGCCUCUGGUCUGCUUGGGCAUCCUGACUAUCGUCUCUGGAAUAAAAAAUACAGUGUGUGCGUCUGGUGUUCUUUUCUGGUGAUCUGUUUGAAUUGCAACCUGGAAUUUUUGCGACCAUAUCUAGGCUUGUUUUGCUUUGUUGUGAUAAUGGUUAUUCUCAUCGGUCUGGAAGUUCGCGUGAUGAUUAUUUUUAUUAAUUGGGUAUUGGGUUUUCUUUGGCCAGCUGCUCCUAGUAAGGAGUGGAAACCAAAAUCAGCAAUCCAAGUCCCUGGUCAAGUUGCUGUAACAACUGGUGUGGCUGCUGAUGCGCCUGGUUCGUUUGAAACAAAUUCUUGGUCUGAACCUGGUGUUCCUGAAGAAGCCGCCUCCAAGAUUGAGUUGAAGUUGGAAGAUCUACACUUAUCAGAUGGUGAACAUGUUAUCAUUCCAAACCAUCUGCAGGUCCCAGAAGCUGAAAGAAGUGGACUGAGCUUUGGAAGCUUUGAUGCCAGUUUCUCAUUAGGAACAAGUUUUGCAAAUGGUCCUGAUAAUGGAAAGUACUCUAUACUUCUGACCAACGCAUCACCAAUUCAUGAAGAGAACAUCAAGGCGUCUCCUUUGAGGUGAGAGAUAUUCAUUAGUCCCUUGUGCUCUUCAGAAUCACACUCUCUGUUUCAAAGAUAUGAUGAGUUCAAGGUUUUCUUUAUUGAUCCGCAUAAAGUCAUUUUUUUUCUGUUUCGUUUCUCAACUAAAAUCCCUUUGCUCUUGAAAAAAUCCUUUUGUACUUAUAAUCAUGCAUUAUUGACUCUUGUCUAUGUGCUUCUUCUGGGAAAUUUUAUUCUUUGUUCUUUUUACGUUUUGAUUAUUUGAUUCUUGGAUGAACCAUAUUAGCAAAUGGGUUUGUCCUAGAAUGUUUGUCAGUCCUACAUUUGCCAUUUUAAUAAUCUACUUAUAUGCUGAUACCAUUUGUACAUUAAUUGAUGCUUAUUUACGGCAGAAACCAAUUUUCAUGGAUAAAAUAUACAAUACGGGCACUGGCUUCCUAGUUCUAUAUCCAUCGGAUAUAAUACAAAAAAAUGUGAUUUAUGCAAGAUCAGUAAAAGAGAACUGUCCUUGCCUUGGGGAAUUCACUAGAUUUACCUUUUUUAUAAAGGCUUGCAAACAUUCAUAAAUUGUCUUCAUGUGCUCUUCUCGUCAAGGCAAGUCUGUUCAUUUUUUCGAACUUUCUUUAUUUGAUCCUCGGAUGAUUGAUCAUCAACGUAUUAAAUAGAUUUUCCAUAUACCAUUUUUAAUCUAUAAUUGGCCAUUCUACUAAUUGACCGACAUUGUGGUCCGAUUUCUAUGUUAAUAUUAUACAUUUCUUUCGGUCUAGAAACCACUUUUUUCAUUGAUGUAAUCCCAAUUGUGGACCCUGUGAUAUCCUAGUCUCACAUCUUCACCAGUUAUUAAACAAAAUCAUUAUUGACAAAUGAUGAUUGAGUGGAAACAAGUGGUUUAUCCUUUUUCUCGGUUGAGAAACUCGGGGAAUUCACAGCCGUCCUCUUGGGAAUCUUGGAGCCCACUCUUCCUCUCCAUCAAAUGGCCAAUAUAACAGCCAUGAGAAUAGCCUCUACUAGCCAGGUUGUAGAUGUGUUGUUCUGGAGGUAUUCCACAAGGUCAACUUGAGACUAGCUGCAUCCAAACUGAGAAAAAAUAAACAACUAGUGCUGUCGAUCGGGAGACCAUAGACCAGUGCUAUCCUGUCAAGUACCCUGUUUGGAGUGAGGGACUACCUUUUUAUUUCGCAUAGAGCUCAAAGUCUGUCCCACAGACUCAUAUAAAUUAGGAUAACUCUUUUUCUGAGGAUUUUUUGAAACAGAUGGCGACAGUUCAAUUUACCAGUGCCUUGUGUCUGUCUAAAUGUGGCGCAGCCUAGUUCACAAAGCUGCCUCCAUUAAAAAAAUAUGUUACCAAUGGUGGGAAAUACCAUUUUCCUGUGAAUAUCUGCAUUCCAACCAAGAAAUGAUUUCUAGUUCUAUGGAACUAUGUAUCCUGCUUGGUUUAUUGUUUUACUUCAUGAUUGCAGCACUCAAAAUACGUACACAACUGCUCAAGAAGAAGAAGACCUCCCCGAGCAUGCACAGUCAGCAUCUCAGAUGCCAGAAAACUAUUCUGGGGAGACUGAUGCUUCUUCCAGCAUCUCUCCAGAACCAGAGUACGACCAAAACAACCAAGCAGAAGUGGAACAGUCACAAGGAGCUCAGUUCUCAAUUAUUCACAAUCCCCCAAUUUAUUCAGCAUUUGGGCUAAUUCCACCCACAGUUGGGAACCAGUUUGCUCCUUUUGAGAGUUCUGGGGUUCAGGCUCAUGAUUCCUCUUCCCUCACAAGCUUCAUAGUAAGCCACCGAAAUUUCUCUGAAACUCGAAUUAUUCUUUCAUGCAUCUAUAUUCCUUGCUCUUUUAUCUCAAGACAGGAUCAUCAAUCUUCAUUUAUAUCCACUCAGUCUAUAGAUUUCUAUUUUUUUUUGUAACACUGGAUGGAUACAUCCUAGAAAGCAUCUUUGUAUGAAAACUCUGGUGGAAAAUGUUCAAAUUCAUGGCUAAGUUGUAGGCCAACUUAAUGCUACUUCCUGAUUUUCUGAUGAUUUUCUGAUGAUUUUCUGAAUCGAUGAUUUCCGCACAAAUUAAUCUCUAGCGUCGCCUGAGUAUAUAAUGUGCGUUUCUUUCUUCCCCUUCUCCAGAAUGAUUAUCUGAUUUAUUUUUUUCCAUUUUAUUUAGGAAUCAUAUUUGAGUCGAUCACUUAUAAGUUUAAGAACUUACUGUUUUCCAACGAAUCAAAUGUCAGUCGCAUGCUGGCUAACUCUUACCCCGGGGGCAUGGAGCUUUUAGUAUCUAUUACUAGAAACAGUAACUCGUGAUUUCAUUUAUUGAUUCAGGUCCAACAGCAGUUCGAUCCCUCAGCUGGUUACUAUACCCAACUUUAUCAGCCAGCUUCAGAUGCCAAUGGUCAUCUUCCUCAAUAUCUUGCGCUUGGUGCUGCUCCCAAGUACAAUGAGAAUGCUAAUCUCCUACCUCAUGGUACCCAGCCUGCCCAGGAGGUAAAUUUUCUAAGUCCAUGAUUUAUUUCUAUCCAUUCAAUUUUGGAUCUACGCUUCCUCUACAGACUUCCACCAGCGCUUCAAUAAUUCUUCAUAAAGUGAAUCUUCAUGAAAGUUGCUAAAAAUGGUUUUCGUUUCAAGUUCAUCUCUGCAAUAUUACUGGAUGUGGUAUGCUCCUUCGUUCCUACUAAUCUCAAAAGCUUUGGCUGCAGAGUUCAAGCACUGUUCUUUCCGAUGGCAGCUUGGCCCCCAUCGAUCAACAAGCUUCCAGCCUAAUGCCAACCCCCCUGGCGAUGACCCAGCAGCCUGUUCCUGUCUUCCGACAACCAGCCAACCUCCAUUUAUCUCAUUAUCCCCCAAAUUAUUUCCCAUACCCCUUCUUUUUUCCAUUCUAUAUCUCCCCCCCUAUCCAACAUUACCUCAGCAGCCCCACCUUCCUUCCCCAACCCCUUGCCGGCAGCUUACACCCGCCUGCGGUGGCGGCAGCAGCCACAACCGCCGCCAUGUCCGACAAGAGAAACACCGGCAAUGCGACCCAUUCUGGCAUGCCUAAUGGCUAUGGCUCAUACCCUCCGGCCGGUUACAUCCCAAGCCCGGCAGCCGCCACUGGAAACUCCACUAAUGAGGACCUCCCCGGGCCUCACUAUGGGGAUGGUAAUCUCUAUAUUCCUGGGCAGCAGGUAACUUCAGUUAUGUAGCUUGAGGAGGCGGAAAGCAUCAUUUAUUUUGUGCAUAAUGUUGAAAAUCUCGGCUUAUUCUUGCAGAAUGAUACUUCGGCAGUCUGCUUCCCAGUUAUGGGCCAGGACGUCCCCAGUUCUCUCUAUGGCUUCCCUCGGGCUGGGCACGGCGCUUUUGCUGGAGUCAUCCACCCGGCUCAUUCUGUGGCCACCACCGCCGCUGCCACCCACCCGCUGCCGCCACCGCUGCUGCAGUCCAUGGCUGGAGCAGCUGACAUCAUGGGGCUCUCAAAUGGGAUCUAUCCAUCACCUCAAGCUACACAGCUGAACUGGGGCAAUAACUAUUGA